GCUUCUGUUCAUCAAUCAGGCGAAUGUGGACCAAUAUUCAUAGAAGGCCUUCCGCGAGGCUGUCAGCCUUCCUACUCCAUGUUUAUUGAGGACAGGAACAGAUACAACAUGUCCUGGGAGAACCGUAUUGAUCCAGUGAAUAAUGCUACAUCCAGCAAUCCCACGGCUAGUAUAGGCCCUUGGAGCUUUCAGUCCGCUUGGUCUCUGAAGACUCUGCCCUUUGCAGGCGUGAUUGAUACAUAUUCAGGAGGUGGAUUUGUUCUGGAAGUUGGGGCCAGGGAGGAUCCUACUGAUAAAAUUACUGGGCUUGCUAAAAAUGGAUGGAUUGAUGAUUACACCCGAGCUGUGUUCCUGGAAUUUACUCUUUACAACCCAAAUGUGGACAUAUUUACAGUCGCAAUAUAUUUAUUUGAAUUUACAAAUAGAGGCAGUAUUCACACUUCGAAUCACGAAUUUUCCACCCGUCUAUAUUACUACUCCUCAAGCUACGAGGUAUUCACAACCGCGUGCGAGGUAAUAUUUGUCAUAUUCAACAUACUGUUUGUUUACUGUGAGAUUAAAAAGUACAAGAAGCUUGGAAAAUCACAUUAUUUCUCAGACUUCUGGACAGUAGUUCAACUCGGUCAAAUAGGUCUUGCCUUUUCAAUGCUUAGUGUGUUUGUCCACAGAACACUUACUGUAGCAAGUGUAAUGGCUGGCUUUGAAGCCUCUAACAAAACGUAUUUUAUCAACUUCUAUGGGGCCCUUUUCUGGGACUAUGUACUGACUUACGUUAUGGCAGCUCUUGUUACAGUUGUUAUCAUGCAAACCGUAAAAUUCCUUAGCUUUAAUAGGAAGAUUUUAAUUGUGGCUGAGACAUUACAUUUCAUGAAGGGGACCCUGUUGGCUUAUGCUUUAAUAUUUGGCAUCGUCACUGUCGGCUUUGCGUCUAUGGCAUAUAUGCUGUUUAACAGCUUUUCCUCAUCUUAUUCUUCAUUCAACUCUGCUUGGAAUACAAACAUGCUGUUGUUGCUUGGUGACUCAGGGAUUUAUGAGCUUUUGUAUGAAGCAAGUCCUAUUCUAGGACCAGCAUUUAUAGUGACAUUCGUAAUGAUUUUACAGUAUGGCAUUAUAACGUUUGUGCAGGCAAUUAUAAACAUGGGCAGAAAUGUUACCAAUGCACGACGGAACAGAAUGAAAAAUAGAUUAGAGAUAAUAGAUUAUGUCUCUGGCAAACUUAAGGCUAUCUUAGAUAUUAAGUAAAACAGCCAGUGAAAAUCAUUUGUCGAACGACUGUUGAUUUAUUAUGUCUUGUAAAGGGAUACUGGUGUUUAAUCCACUACUUGAGUGAUGUAAAACAAAUGUAACUGAUGAUGUUUUAUCCAUGCCCAUUUUUUCGUUUUUUGUUUAGCUCGUCAAGAAUGUAUGUACCGAUUAUUUAAAUUUAAUCAACGUGUAUGAAACAUCCAGGGUUGACAGGCCAAUUGUUUGUGUUGUUUUAUCAUGAUUGUUGUUCGGGGUAAAUCUUUUUAUUCUGGAAAAUAUUUUCUAAUAAAUUAAUGAUUUUCACACAAGAUUUUAGAACCUUAUGACUCAACACCUUUCCUCCAUGAUGACAUGAUGACUAUGUGUAGGUGUUUUCCUGUUAUUAACUUGCAAAGUGCAAAUUAAUCAUCUUUGAUUGGAACUUUCCAGAUUAAAUUACAAGCAGCAAAACUUAAAACACAUGUAAACCAAAAUAAACAACAUUCAACAGGUAUGGCUUAGAUUCUACCUUUCAGUCAAAGUCCAGACUGGCCUUGUACUUACACUGAAUGAACUUAAAUUGUUUUAAAAGACACAAAUAUUGAUACAAGCGGAUAUAUGUUGUCAUUUGUUGAUGCUAAGGUCUGUGCCUCAAUUUUAUGCGAAAACGUCAUCAGAUUUUUGUAUAAAUGUUAUUUUGAUGAUGUAAUAAUUGACGGAAAAAAUAAUGAAUCUGCAGUUUUGAUAAUAUAUUCAAUGUCAUAUGUAUAUGCCUGUAUGGCAUUGACUACUGUUGUCUUUAGUGUGUAUUAUAUGUAUGUUUAAUCACGGGCUGAAAGCCUAAUGUAUUAUAAAAUAAACCUUUACACUGUCAGAACUGUAAGGUGUCUAGUGUAUAAAUAUGUGUAUGAGUAAAUGAGAUGGUAUAUAUAAUUAAGCAUCGAGGUUGCUUUGUAUUUGUAUUGUUGCAGUUUGCAUUUUUAAGUAUUUUUCUUGUUAUUGUUAGUUGUGUUACAAUACAUUAACAAGUUUUGACUAAUAAUGUGUAUCUCAGUGUCUUUUAUACAGAUUGACAGUUGAAAUACAGGAUUUACUUGUCAUAUCUGGAGAAAGUUUAAAAUAAUAAUUGUCAUAUACAUCUCCCUUGCUUGUUCGUCAAGGUAACGGUAAGAGUCAUACAUUUUAAUUUCAACUCCAUAGCAUUCGCUUUCCUUGACGUAUUUUAAUAUUUCUUAAGAAUUUAAAUGAUCUUUACAAGUCAUGUCUGUACUUCAAAAAAUGAAAAUUGUCAUUGCUGAAAGCUCGAGACAUUAAACAAGAAUCAUAUAUACCGGUAGUUAUUGUACUUGUUUGUUUUGUUUAAUUGCUGUACAUAUACAUUUAAUAUCACGAGUUGUGUUAUUCCAAUGGAGGAGAAUACAAUUGCUAUAAUGUAUUUUUCAUGCGGUAUAUUUUAUGCCCCCUUCGAAGAAGAGGGGGUAUAUUGUUUUGCUGGGUGUCGGUCGGUCUGUCGGUAGACCAGUUCGUUUCCUAUCUAUAACUUGAUAAUUCCCAUGUGCAUUGGCGUUAGACAGUACAUUGCCCCUAGUAAAAUUUGGGUAACUAGGUCAAAGGUCAAGGUCAUUGUCACUCUAAGUGUGAAGUCGUUUCCGAUCGAUAACUCGUACACUUCUUUACUGAUUGGUUUGUUACUUCCCAUGUACAUUGGCCUUGAACAGUAGAUGACCCUGUUGAAAUUGGGGUUACUAGAUCAAAGGUCAAGGUCUCUGUCACAAUAAGUGUGAAAAUCGUUUUCGAUCAAUAACUCAUCAUAACUAAAUGACUUACAGAUUAAGUUUCAGUUUCAUUCCGGUCCUUUGAUUUUCGGUAUAUAACACUUCCGGAUUUUUUUCCGAAACUCUUUCAGAUUCUUCCCUGAUUUUGGGGUGUGCGUCUGCCCGUAAGACGUUUCAUGCUGAGUUUUUUUUUUAAAUUAAAGCUUAAAACCUCAGUGUUUCACUAUAUUCUAUUUACAUCAGUGUUAAGUAUGCAAUUCAGUUAUUUUACAGUCCAAGGCCGUAACUGUGCCAAAUAUCAUUGAACCAUCACUUCAUCAUGAUGUUUUAAUUGGGAUAUAGCUGCAGUGUGGCUUCAAAGUGAAGUAGUGGGCAUAGUGUUUCACAAACACACAGCUCUUGUUUAUAUUGUUUUGAAAAGUAUUCAUAUUAAAUGACAAAUGAGGAACAAUAAUAAGUAUUAGCAGAAACUCGUAUCAAUAUCAAUUUUGCCUUAUACUUAUUAAUAUAAAUAGUUGUAAAACCUUUUUAGUAGAAAUACUGUUAUUAUGAUGCAAUAUUUAAUAGUUCGGACAAUGUUUGUAGAAGAAUCAAUAGCUUGUUACCUACAUGUAGAUGAUACCUUUCCGUAAAUGUUCUUGUUUUGACCAGUUUAACGUGUUUCGAUAUUAAACAUUUAAAUUAA